ACAGCUGAAAUACUAGCUCGGGUUAAAGGGCGCUGCUGUGUUGUAUACUGUGGCAGUUAGCAUGCUAAAGCUAACCUCUUGUGUGUGACAGUUGCAGUGAAGUAGCAGUUAGCUUAGCGGUUAGCUCAGCUUGUUAGCACCUGGCUUCACACGUAGUGGAACAUCCAUUCUAAUUAGCGGUAUCAUUCUGACCGCCAUGGCCUCUGCUCCUCAUAACUUCUCCUGGGUGGAUCCGGAUAAAGUGGCCGGCCUGGCGCUGCCCAGGAUGCCGUGUGAGUACCGCUACCUGCUGGAGAACAACGUCAAACACCUGGUGUGUCUGUGUGAGAGGAAACCCCCGAACCACGACACCUGUCCGGAGCUGCAGCUGCACCACAUCAAGAUCCAGGACUUCACUCCUCCGACUCCCGCUCAGAUCGACAGAUUCCUCUCCAUCGUGGAGGAGGCCAACGCCAAAGGGGAGGGCGUGGCGGUGCACUGCAUGCACGGUCACGGCAGGACUGGCACGAUGCUCGCCUGCUACCUGGUGAAGACCCAGAAGCUGUCGGGCAUCGACGCCAUCGAAGAGAUCCGGAGACUGAGGAGCGGAUCCAUCGAGACCCACGAGCAGGAGAAAGCUGUGGUGCAGUUCUACCAGCGCACAAAGUAGAUCAAACACCAGAGGUAGCAAAGGUGAGACACUACAGGUGAACAGAGGCAUUAAACCAAACAGACAUCCCCAUCGAGCCCGAACACAUUUGUGUGAAAGAACUCUCAGCUUUCUAAUUAUGUCAUUUCUGUUCUUGUUCUCCAAAUAUUCAGCAAGAUAUUUCACAUAACGUAAUGUCUUUUAUCAAGACUCAAUGCUGAGGAAAAACGCCUUCAAAGUUAGCUGACUGUUUUUAGCUGUUAUUUAAAAAGAGGGCUCAAGGCUUAAUAUUUUAGAGGCAUAGUACCCCUGGCCCUUUAGGUCCCAAGAUACACUUUUUAAUGUAAUAUAAAACAGAAUAAUAAAUAUCCAGAAUUUAAGAAGCUGAAAAUGAAGUAAGACUUUUAAAACUUUGAUCGAAAUAGUUUAAAGUGUAUUUUCUGAUCGCUGAACCCGUCCUUACAAGCUCCAGAACUGAUGUAUCCUCUGAAUAUGGCUAAACAAGCUUUAUACUCUGAAAGCCAAGACUUUGUUUUUGUAAAAGCAACCAAACAUAAAUCCACCAUUAUCUCCGACUGAUAUCGACAGAGUGGGUCACAAAUACACAAAGACAGUAAAGUAAUCUCCUGGAUGUGGAUUUCUUUCCUCUGGUCUCAAAGAAACCACGUUAUAGAAGCAGAACAGUGGAAAACCUGUAGUGUCUCGCCUUAGUAAUCACUACAAAGUGCAAUAAGUGCCUGAAUAAUUUGACUAAAUAACACUUUAUUAUCUACGAAUAAGAAAAUACAGGGACAGGUGAUAAAUCAGCAGAAGGACACCCAGCAGCUAGCUCUUCUACAGUGGAUAUUACGGGGAGUGAUAAACUCUCAGCUCAGCGCGUCAGGACGGGUCUGCGUUUAGGCGCUGGAGGCCGGAGAGAAGAGCCGCUGGCGCUCCUUAAAGGUGAGCCGCUCCGGCGCUUGCUUCACCUCCUCCUGGUUCCUGAGAGCAGAGAAAAAUCAGCGGGAAUACUUGAAUUUAUUUAACGGGAAUCACUUCACGUAAUGGGACGCAAACAGGAGUCUUUAAAAUACACGUAUAGAGUGUGUUUUACUCAGGGAUCAAGAUUAAAACGCUUUGUCUCACACAGAAGUAGAUUAGACUGAAUGUAAGAGUUGGUGUGAUUAUUUAUUUUCUGCACUAAAUGUCUAUGAAAUGGUGAAAGUCACGUUGAGUUUCUCAAAUGCCUUGUUUUGUCAGUCAGAAGUCCAAAAUAUUCACUAAAUAUGACAUUAAACCUCAAAAAUGAAGCAAAUCUCCAGGUUCUUUUCUGCAGGAAAAUGUACCUUUCUUAAACUGCUAUUGAAAUAGAUUAGCAGGUUUUUUCUAUCUGGUGAUAUAACUUGACAUUGCAUGAGUAGAAAUGCUGCAUAAGAUUUAAUUGAAGUCUAAAGAUAUUCUCUUGAAUGUGAUAUAAAACCAAGAAGUCAGCGAAUCCCCAUAAAUGAGUCUGGAAAACAGCUGCACAUGGAGAUUAUUUUCAUUUUAGUUUCAGUUAUUUCCUCCAAUAAUGUCUACGAAAGAGUGAAAAAGUCAAGUGUUAGUUUUGUUAUUUCAAAAGUCCAAACUAUUCACGUUAAAAUGACUUUUAUCAAAGUGGUUUUACAGUUUCUUCUGUUGUCCAUGUGAUAUAACUUGCCUGUGCUGCUUCAGAAGUGCUGCGUAAAUUAAGUGCUGAACUCACUGUUUCUCUGCCACGUUGUCAAAGUCUCGACUCGAUGCGCUUGGUUUUUGUUCUGCGAAAGAAAAGCAUGAAAGUGUUGCUCUAACGAUUCUCUUCUGAAUAAAUAUAAUGAAUAUCUA